AACAUACUUUGAUUUUCAACAACUUGUCACGUGUACCAAUUACAACACCGUGUGGAAAAUGGAGCAAGUGUAGCAUUAUAACAGCCCGACGUCGUUUCAUCUCUACAUCUUCAUUUGUCCCAUAUCUUCUCCAAGAAAAUGAGACAUCUGCAACUGCUAACGCUUCUGAGCCUCCUCCUCGUCAUAGUGACUCCAAUCUCAGCGACAUUCUACACCAACAGUUCUUCCAUACCACCGUUACACCUCCUAAACGCCACUCGAAGCGCGUGGAAAACUUUCGAGAAACUAACCGGUUGCCACGUCGGAGACAAAGCCGACGGCCUCUCCAAACUCAAACAAUACUUCAGUCGUUUCGGUUACAUCCCCGCCACCGUCGAUAACUUCACCGACGACUUCGACGACGUCCUCAAAUCGGCGAUCAGCACUUACCAGAAGAACUUCAACCUCAAAGUCACCGGUAAACUCGACGCAUCGACUCUAGGCCAGAUCGUUAAACCGAGAUGCGGGAAUCCGGACAUGAUCGACGGCACGUCGGAGAUGAACGCCGGUAAGAAGUUCCGUACGGUGGCGCGUUACUCGUUUUUCCCCGGGAAGCCGCAGUGGCCGAAACGGAAUCGAGAUCUGAGCUACGCGUUUUUUCCUCUGAACAAUCUCACCGAAGAGGUGAAGCAAGUGUUCGCACGAGCGUUCACGCGCUGGGCGGACGUUACGCCGUUGAAUUUCACGCGCUCUGAGUCGAUCCUUAGGGCCGAUAUAGUGAUCGGGUUUUUCGCCGGCGAUCACGGGGACGGAGAGCCGUUCGAUGGACCUAUGGGGACGCUAGCGCACGCGUCGUCUCCGCCUACGGGGAUGUUUCAUCUCGACAGUGAGGAGGAUUGGCUGAUCUCGGGAGAAGAUAUGAGCCGUCAGAUAUUGCCGGUGACGUCGGUGGUGGAUCUGGAAUCCGUCGCUGUUCACGAGAUCGGACAUCUUCUUGGGUUAGGUCACUCGUCGGUGGAAGAUGCGAUUAUGUAUCCGGCAAUUUCCGGUGGACAUCGGAAGGUUGAGUUAGCGAAGGAUGAUAUCGAGGGGAUACAGCAUCUGUACGGAGACGGUGGUUCUAGCCGUCUAAGUGAAACCAGCGGUGGUGCUGAGUUCUGGAGAGGGUUGGUGUUUAGCCUAUCGUCGAUCGCCACGUGUAUACUUUUGAUUUGUUGCUAGCGUUUUGACAGUGGUCGGUCUUUCGUGAGUUUCUCAAUGAUCCAAAUCCAGAUACACACAAAUAUUAAUUCAUAAUAAUCAUGAAUAUCUUAUUUAAGAUUUUUUGGUGAAAUUUUCUUUUAUUUUUAAAAAUAUCUAAAAGGAUAAAUUACAACAUUUGUAUUUAUUAUGUUUUAAAAACUUUGUUGAUAUAUCAUAU